UUGCUCCGAUUCAUUCUGCGCUACUGAAUUUGAACGGAUCAAACUCGGAGCAAAAAUGUCUAUCGCAGUAGUUCAUUCACCGGUGUUCUCACCGUCGCCGGUGUUCAGCAAAUCAACGGCUUCAUCUCCGAUCGGCCGGAGCCUUUAUGCUUCCUCCUCCCUGUCACCGUCCACCGUGACGCCGCCGCCGUCGACCUUGUGCCCGUUGACUCUCCGGCGUCCCACCCAGACGCGUAAUAUCAUCCUGAACGGGAUUAAUGAAGAGCCGAUUUGCUCAACCUCGUCAACGCCGGUUCUGAAGAGGAAGAGGCCGGCGAGGAUUAAUAUUCCGAUGGCGGCGUUGAGUUUCGAGCCGAGUCUGCAGACUCCGAGGGACGGCGAUAGAUUGGAUGAGGUAGAGGUUGAAGGAGAAGGCUACUCCGUGUAUUGCAAAAGAGGGAAACGGGGUGCUAUGGAGGAUAGGUAUUCGGCCUUCGUUGAUCACCAGCAAGGCUCUAAACAGGCUUUCUUCGGCGUAUUUGAUGGACAUGGAGGAGUGAAAGCUGCAGAGUUCGCAGCAAGAAAUAUGGGUAGGAAUAUUAUGAACAAGGUGGGCAUAAGAAGUGAAGAAGAUAUCGAAGCUGCGGUUAAGGAGGGUUAUCUCACCACUGAUGAAGAGUUUCUAAAGCAAAAUGUCAGGAGUGGAGCAAGCUGUGUAACAGCAUUGAUUCACAAAGGCAAACUUGUUGUCUCGAAUGCUGGUGAUUGUCGCGCUGUUAUGAGCCGAGGAGGAAUGGCAGAGGUCCUCACUCUCGAUCACCGCCCCUCGAGGGAAAGCGAGAGAGAAAGAAUUGAGGCACUGGGUGGUUAUGUUGAUUGCUGCCGCGGUGUUUGGAGAAUUCAGGGAUCCCUUGCUGUGUCAAGAGGAAUAGGGGACGCCCAAUUGAAAAAAUGGGUAAUUGCAGAACCGGAAACGAAGACAGUGUUCACUGAACCCGACUUCGAAUUCUUAAUCCUGGCUUCUGAUGGAGUCUGGGACAAGGUUAGUAAUCAGGAGGCAGUUGAUACAGUCAGGCCUUUGUGCAUAGGUGUUGACAAACCACACCCACUCUCUGCUUGCAAAGAGCUUGUUAACUUGGCACUCACAAGAGGCUCCUUUGAUGAUAUAAGUGUGAUGGUGAUCCAGCUAAGUCAUUUUGUUCAAUGAUCUAAUGCUUCCAUGGAUUAUUAACCUGGGACGAAACGAGGAAGGUUUUACUGGCUUCGCGUCAUUCUGAUCAUAGAGACAUAACUCCCUGAAAGUAACAUCCUGUACAUUUCUCCUUCUCUCAAUAGGGUUGCUGCAUACCUCAUACUUUGACAGCACGUUUGGUUCA